AUAAUUUUCAAUUAUUUUACCUUAAUUUCUUUUCACCUGAAACAGGAAAUCAGUGCAGCUAAUUAUUUAACUCUCCAAGCCUCACACUUCGGAACAGACAAGAUCACCCAUAUCAACAUACCUGGAUGGAAAUCAGAUGGCAAUGGCAGCAAGACGUGCAAUGUGUUCCUAAAAGUAGAAGAUGUGAACUGCAUUAAUUUACACUGGAUUAAUGGUUUGCUGAAAUAUAUCCACGCUGUAAGCAAUGUCCGUGCUGUUGGUGCUGAGAUAGCUUAUUGUAUUGAUGUUCUUGUGAAAAAAUUUGGAUAUUCCCCUUCUAAAGUGCACUUGAUUGGCCGCAGCUUGGGAGCUCAUCUGGCUGGGGAAGCCGGGUCAAGGACGCCAGGCCUUGGAAGGAUAACUGGGUUGGACCCAACUGGGCCAGGUUUCCACAGCACUCUAAAUGAAGUCAGGCUGGACCCCUCAGAUGCCAACUCUGUUGAUGUUAUUCAUACAAAGGAAGUUCGCUUCCUCUUCGAGCUUGAAGUGUUUUCCUUCUUUGAUUGCAACCAUGCCCGAAGUCAUCGCUUUUAUGCUGAAAGCAUUCUCAAUCCCGAUGCAUUUAUUGCUUAUCCUUGUAGAUCCUACAAAUCUUUCAAAGCACGAAAUUGCUUCCGUUGUCACAAGGAAGGUUGCCCAAUGAUGGGUCAUUUUGCUGAUAGAUUUCACCUCAAAAAAAUGAAGGCUAAUAGAUCGUAUUAUGUUUUAAACACAGGGACUCUUUCCCCAUUUUCCCGUUGGAGGCACAAACUGUCUGUCAAACUUGAUGGAAACAAUGUCACUCAAGGAAGCAUGUUUCUCCAUGUAGGUGGAACAACAGAGAAGACAGGGGAGUUUGGGGUUGUCAGUGGAACACUGAAGCCAGGCAUGACUUAUACAGAUUUAAUUGAUGCAGACAUUAACAUUGGAAACAUUGCAAGUAUUGAGUUCAUUUGGAAGGAACUUUCAUUUGAACAUUCUCAGAAUAAGCUGGGAGCAGAAAUGGUGAUAGAUAUAUCUGGAAAAUAUGGAUAUGAAUCUGCCUUCUGUAGCUAGAACUUUGUAGGACCUAAUAUUGCCCAGAUCCUGAAACCAUGCUAAUUCCAGAUAUAAUCUCAAUGGAUUUACUUAAUGGGAGCAAUGGAAAAAUUAAGCUGGUAUCCAGACCAAGCUUGGCCCUUGUAAAUGAGAUAGAAAUGUAUAGUUGCCUUUUUUCUAUAUAGAAUGUUUUUCUUAUUGACAAGCUUUUAUAUGUCCCUUAAAACCAGACUGAGCCCUGGGAUUCUGCGUUAUCAGUGACAAAAUAGAGCUGAGUUAGUAUUUCCCUGAAUAAGAGGAGUUGUUACAAGUAGGUGGUGUAAACUCAUCAGAAAAUGAGCCUCUGUCUGGUUGAGUGUUUGAAGUACAUUUAGAGUAUUUCCAGGUGGAAUAAUCCUUGUUCUAAAAUGAUUUGAAGAAUAUUUACUGUGUUGUUAAAUCUCACUAAGACAAAUUAUGUCUAUAGUUCAUGAUGUAUAGUAGAUGAUAACCCUGUGGGUUGAUACAUCUAUCGAUUAAUAAUAAAAACUAAUGAGAGCGCGUUAGUGUUUGCAAGGCGUUCCUUGGUCUUCAGGGAGUGUGUGAGGUAAGAGAUUUUGGAGCUUAUCUAUGAUAUAUGUCUCAGGUAGUAAUGGGCCCUGAGGAUCAUCAGCCCCUCCUUCUAGAAGCCCCCACCACAGAAUUACUCAUCUCCCUGGGCCUUGAAGGUCCCAUUGCAAAUUUUUAUUUAACCUAAAAGCAGCAUUUCAUUUCUAAAGCCCUUGACUAACUCUUUGUGUUUAUAAUAACAAUAUUGUAAUAUUUAAAUGUGUCAUUUGUGUUUUUUCUUUUAUUUUGCUUCAAUUUCGUCUAAUUCAGUUGUCCUCAUCCAGUGAAAAUAA